UGGGGCGGGGCCCAGUUGUUGCUAGGGUGAUGUCCUUCAAGGUUUCUCUCCAUAGAGGCCCCAGAGGUCUGGGGAGGUAACAUGGUGGGGUCUGGGAUCGCAGCUUUGGGCCUUCUCCUGCUGAUGCAGGGCUCAGUAGAUGCGAAUGGAAUCCAGGGAUUUUUCUAUCCAUGGAGUUGUGAGGGAGAUGUGUGGGACCGAGAGAGCUGUGGAGGUCAGGCAGCGAUUGAGAACCCCAACCUCUGCUUGCGUCUGCGAUGCUGCUAUCGGGACGGUGUGUGCUACCAUCAACGGCCAGACGAAAACAUGCGCAGGAAGCACAUGUGGGCACUGGGCUGGACGUGCGGCAGCCUGCUCUUGCUGAUCGCCAGUAUCUGCCUCUUCUGGUGGGCCAAGCGCCGAGACAUGCUGCACCUGCCACACUUUCUACAGGGGAAAUGCGACCUGUCACGAACAGUCUCCCUACUGUCUAAGGACCGACCAUCAAGCAAGAAGUCACCCACGGUUACCACGACUGUCUCAGUGCCCAUGGAGGGGACAGAGCCCUCAGGGACCACUGAAGCGGAAGCUACAGAAGGCGGAGAUGACACCGAGGGAGGAGAUGAGGAUUAGGGGCAACUCUGUAGGACCCCUCAAUACAGACAUGGCAUAUAAA